CCUUUACAGUCACAAAUACAAAUAGUUUGAAAUAUUUUGAACCUUCGUUGCUUUUUAAAUUUCUACUGUUGUGUGAUAAUCAGAUAUUGGGCAUUGCAACAGAGAAGCGCAAUCAAUUCGUUAAUUGCAGACGAAUCUCUCAAAUCAGUUCCUCUCUGUGUUGCUUUGCUUGCUUCGGUUUUCAAGUGUAAGAACGAGCUCAAGCUUCGUGUUCAGGAGCAUUUUGCUUCAGUUCUUGAAACUUUUCAGACUCGGUUUUCGGUGAAUUUUGACUCUGGUUUUGUUAGCGGUUAGGGUUCAGAUUUUGAGUCUCUGACAAUGUUGCAAUGGAUGGGAGGGUCGAGGCGGAAAGUGGCGAAUUCAAGGAAGUCUACUCAGAAGAGGCAAAAGCAAUACUUUGAGCAAAGGAAACAACAGCAACAGCAGCAGACAGCUGGGUCAGAGAGCUAUGCUGAUGGAAUGAACGCAUGUGGCGAACAUCACAAAGAACAGCGAUCACUAGAUAUUCUUAGUUUGCUUAACUUGUCAACAGUUUCUCAGGAAUGCUACUCUGCUUGCCCUAGUGGAAAAGAAGAUCUAGAGGUUAAUGCUUCAACAGUGAAGUAUAAUAUCUCAAAGGGUCCACCGACAAUCCUUUCCCACACAGUUACACAUCCUGAUUCUGUCGAGUUCAAGGAAGCAAGAAGCCCUUCACAUUGCCGAGUGGAGACUGUAUCUCCAAAGAAGGUUGGAAUUGGUGCCCAUAAUGAUAACAACACUGUUUUCAAGGGAACUGAUUCAAAACAUGAUCAAUGGAAGACAGCUACCGAUCAGCAGCUAUCUGUUCUUGAUUUGCUUGGUGAUGAUGAACUGAACGGCAAUGAAGAAGUCCAUCCGAUGCAUGAAGAUCAUGUUGCAUUUUCGGUUGAAGGUUUGGGUAAAGUGGGAAUGGAGACACCAGUCCAUUCACCACAACAACCUGGCAGGUACCUCUCAUUUGGUUGCUCACCUUUGAAGGCUGCAAGGCAAGUAGCUAUGUCAAAGAACCGUAACUCAUUGCUGGGUGACCUUGAAAUUGAAAUGGAUACAAUGAUGCAAGAUAUCAAUAUGCCCCUAUGUGGCAGUUCUCUGGAGUUUUCAUCAGGCAUAAUGCAUUCAUAUAGCAAUCCCAAGCAGAAAUCAGUCUCUGCCAGAACUUGGAUGCAACAUGACAGUCAUGAUAGUAAAACAAAUAGUUUGUUUGGUGACAGAAGAAUCUUUUAUGACCGCGAAAACAACAAUGAGGAUAUAUGGGAUGCUAGGUCUUGCUUCCUAGAUGACAACUUCCUUGAUGAGAGGGAGCAUAAAGUAUCUUGGAAAAAUUGGCCACCUGAAACUGAGAGUAAUUCUAUGGAUUUUUUAAAAUAUGGACACUCGGAGAUGUCAGAUUAUGCUUUUGAAGAAUCCCAUCUACUGAAGAAAAGGGAUGCUGCAACAGCAAUGGACAGAUUCAACAUCUUAGAGUCACCUGCUUCAUUUUACAAGCACCAAGCAUCAGAAAGUGACAUUGACUUCAUGAUUUCCAGUAGAGCAAGACGACCAACUUUGGGAAGAAAGUUUGAUUUUAGAGAUGUAACCAAUCAAUCAGAUUGGUUUUGCUUUACAACAGAAGAUGCAAAAGAUAAUUUGAGCAUCCAGAGCGAAGAGUCCUGCUCAUCCAGUGCAGUGUGGGGUGAAGCAACCAAUCAUUUAGAAUCAAAUGCUGCAGCAAGACAGAGAAGGAGACAUAGCAAUGCUUUUGCUAGCCCUCAAAAAAAAUAUGAUGUGAAGAAAAUUUUUGCCAAAGAGACAUGGUACAAAGACACAGAUGAAAUUGGACAAGGAAAUGAUUUGUGUGGUUCAGGAAAAUGUACAAAUAUGUCAAAUCCAUCAAAGUCAAAACCAUCCCAUCACUCUCAAGGAAAAUUAGGACAAAACGACAGUUGGUUUUAUGAGGAUGGAUAUAAUUCAGUUAAAAUGAAUUCAGGUUUCAGUUCUUUCACUCGAAAUUCAGAGACAAAACUUCCAUUCUCAGGCUCCAAGAUUUGGAUGGAAGAUCCUUCCACUGAGUUGCCUGUCCCUAGAUCAGAUAUUGAUGCCAAAUCUUCUUUUGAUAGAUCUAAGUAUGGGGAACGUUUACCAUGCUCACCUUCUGGCAGUUUUAUCGCUGAAAAGUUUGCAUUUCAUGAUUCCCCUAUAUCCUCCAAGGUUAAGUUUGGCUCAACCAUGCCAGAUUUAUCUCCUGGUUCUAAAUUGGAAGGCACGCCUCUGGGUCUCUUGCAUCUGGCUGGCUCUCAUGGUGAGACACCCUUUCCUGAUAUAUCAGCAGAGGAAAGUGCUAGUAGAGAAGUGGAAAAUACAGCAAAAAUCCAGCCAGCCCCCUUCAAAAAAUUGGGGCUCAUUGAAGAAAUUUGCAUGGGUAAUGACCUUUUUUCAGAGAAUAAAAAGGCAAUAGAUGGUUCGAGCUCAGGCAACAAUGGUUGUGGAUGCGAGGAAGAGAGAGGUGAAUCUCAAGAAGUAAUGCAAAAUUUAGAAACAUCUUCUCCAGACCAUGCAGAGCAGGUGUCAUCGUCUUUGUCAAUCUCUGAAAAACUUCAAAGCAUCGUAGAAGAACAAGAACAUUAUGAUGGCGAUGAAGCUACUCUUCCAUGUCAAAAUGAGAAUAAAGAAAUACAAGAUAUUGGACCUCAGGAAAAAGGGGUAGUAAGGAAAACAGAGAGUAACUGUGACAACUCAUCUUGUCAGGUGAUGAUGCUUGAAAGCUAUGUUCUUCAGCUUCUUUGUGUGCAAAAUGUACUGAAGGAUGCAUCUGCACAGGACACCGUUAAGAAGGUAUAACACCUUCACUUGUAAUAGAAUUGGGGAUUCUUUUGAAACUCAUGGAUAAAAAGAUCAUAAAGAAACUUUUACUGUUA